GCCGCAGCGCCUGCCGCCGCGGGAGGAGGAGGAGGAGGAGGAGGAGGGAGAAGAUGGCGGACGAUCCCAGCGCUGCCGACCGCAACGUGGAGAUCUGGAAGAUCAAGAAGCUCAUCAAGAGCCUGGAGGCGGCCCGCGGCAAUGGUACCAGCAUGAUCUCGUUGAUCAUUCCCCCCAAAGACCAGAUCUCACGAGUGGCAAAGAUGUUAGCGGACGAGUUUGGCACCGCCUCCAACAUCAAGUCCCGGGUGAAUCGCCUUUCCGUGCUGGGAGCCAUCACAUCUGUACAGCAAAGACUGAAACUCUAUAACAAAGUACCUCCAAAUGGUCUGGUUGUUUACUGUGGAACAAUUGUGACAGAAGAAGGAAAAGAGAAGAAAGUCAACAUUGACUUUGAACCUUUCAAACCAAUCAAUACGUCGUUGUAUUUGUGUGACAACAAAUUCCACACGGAGGCCCUCACGGCGCUGCUCUCCGACGACAGCAAGUUUGGCUUCAUUGUAAUAGACGGGAGCGGGGCCCUGUUCGGGACGCUGCAGGGCAACACGCGGGAAGUGCUGCACAAAUUCACUGUGGAUCUUCCAAAGAAGCACGGCAGAGGAGGUCAGUCUGCCCUGCGCUUCGCCCGCCUGCGCAUGGAGAAGCGGCACAACUACGUGCGCAAGGUGGCCGAGACGGCCGUGCAGCUCUUCAUCUCCGGGGACAAGGUCAACGUGGCCGGGCUCGUCCUCGCCGGCUCGGCCGACUUCAAAACUGAGCUCAGCCAGUCUGACAUGUUUGAUCAGCGGUUGCAAUCCAAAGUGCUCAAACUAGUUGAUAUUUCAUAUGGAGGAGAAAAUGGCUUCAAUCAAGCAAUUGAGUUGUCAACUGAGGUCCUCUCCAAUGUGAAAUUCAUCCAAGAGAAAAAGCUAAUAGGACGAUACUUCGAUGAGAUCAGCCAGGACACGGGCAAGUACUGCUUUGGUGUGGAAGAUACACUAAAAGCUUUGGAAAUGGGAGCAGUAGAGAUCCUGAUAGUCUAUGAAAACCUGGAUAUCAUGAGAUACGUCCUGCACUGCCAAGGCACGGAGGAGGAGAAGAUCUUGUAUUUGACACCAGAGCAAGAGAAGGAUAAAUCCCACUUCACAGACAAGGAGACUGGGCAGGAACAUGAACUCAUAGAAAGUAUGCCCCUCCUGGAGUGGUUUGCAAACAACUACAAGAAAUUUGGAGCAACAUUGGAAAUUGUUACAGACAAAUCACAAGAAGGAUCCCAAUUUGUGAAAGGAUUUGGAGGAAUUGGAGGUAUCUUGCGGUACCGGGUGGACUUCCAGGGCAUGGAAUACCAAGGAGGAGACGAUGAAUUUUUUGACCUUGAUGACUACUAGGUAGUCGAGCUGGGUCCGGCAACACGUGCCUCGCCCCUCCAGCAUCCAACCCAAGGAGCAAACUCAUGGUGGAAAACACAACUGAUCCCUGCCUUAGAAUUGGAACAUUUCCAGAACUUGAUCCACGAGCAUUUGGAUUUAAGAAAGCAAAACCCUACACUUUGAUUUGUCAUAGUGUCAGUACAGCAGCAAACUACUAAGUUCCUAUAUGCCACUCUGGACUAAUUUAAAAAGAAUCCCAGUUUUUACUUUUACUCAAUGGUGAAAUUGGUUGCUCUUGUAUUUUAUGGAAAUGAUUUUUUUAACCUUCAUGAUACAUUAACUGCUGUAAACCUCUUCCUUCCAAAAUUAAUAGAAGUAAGAUCCUACUGGUUUGUUUCUUUAUACUUUGAUUGGAGAAAUCAAUUGCUGCAUUUGGCAGCGCCGUGACCCAUUUACAUGGCAUUCUCAGCUUAGCCUGCAGAAGAAAUGGAACGAGGUUGGAGCCAUAAUUCUCUUCAAAAGCUUGAGGAGGCACUGACCUGAGUGCUGGUUCAUUACAUGUGGCUUGCAAAUUCUGAUGGUUUGGGGAGGCUCACCAGCCGAACGUGCUUUAAUCUAUUUGCAGAAACACUGCUCUUACAAACUAGGAAAUGCACUUCAUGGAUUGCAAUGAAAAUGCUGCUGGAGUCUUGGGCUUAAUUUGGAUUUGAGCAGUGCAGCCUUCAGGAAUUUAUUUUUUUUCAGUCUUGACAAAAAUAAACAUGAGAUUUCAGUGAAGUAAGGUACACUUGGCUUUUUGUUCCUCAGUAAGUUUUUCUUUUUGCUUUAGGACUGCGUAAGGUUUCCUUGAUUAUGUGAAUUUGAGCCCACAGGUCUUAAAUGGAAGUGGGUGUUUGACAGGAAUACUGAGUCAGUGGAGUGAAGGCUGAAUUAGUGCUGGGAGUGUGGAAUAUUUGACUCUGAUCCAUGGAGCACUGGCACAGCCCUGGGAACACCCAGCUCCCAGCAGUGUCUGUCCUGUGGGGAUGUGCCCUGCAGGAGGCAAAGGAUCUCCUCUGGAUGGUCCAGACUGCCCAGGCUUGGUGUCCUGCCUGUUCCACAGAGCAUCCAUAGGUCAGGGAGCUCGUCCUUGGGGUGUGUCCAGCCUGCUGGGGACACUCUGGGGGUCAGGGGCUGUGCAGGCCAGGGGAGCAGUGACACAGGGCAGGUCCUGUCCCAGGGAGCAGUGGCACAGCUCAGGUCCUGUCCUGUCCUGUCCCUCCCUGGGGCUCUCCCAGCGUUUCUCCCGGUGCUUCCCUCAGGAGCAGCUCCUGUUCCAGCUGCAAACCUUUGCCUCUUGUCCUGGUUCACUUGAACAGAGGGAGCUUCUCUUCAAAUUUCUGCCCCACUGUUGUUUGAGGUCCAAAAUUCCUGUCCUUGUGAGCAAUACCAUUUGUCCCCUGGUCCCUGCCCUGGCCGGCGGCUUCGCUGCCAUCCCCACAUCCAAGCUGGAAUCUCUCCCAGGAGAUGGGGCUGGGUCUGCUCAGGGCUGAGCACAGCCCUGGCCCUCACAGCAGUAUGUUCUGGAUUUUGCCAUUGUAAAUGGGUCUAAUGUGACAUGACAAGACCACAAAAAUUGGUUGUAAAUUUACAUUUUUGAAUAUACUGCUUGUUGUUUCACAUGAUACAUUAGGGUAUGCAGCUCCUUUUUGUAGUUUUUAUUUUUACUAUUUAAGUUUGGAAAUGAUGCCAAAUUUUUGUAUUUCUUUAAUCAAUGUGUUCUCUUCAGUGAUAUAUAUUGCAUUAUAUAUUGAUGUGUAUAUCAAUAUAUACUGAUAUGUAUUACACUUACACAUGCAAACACACUCAGUGGGGGUGGGAGAUCCUAGCCUUUGCAUACUAUAUAGCCUCUGCAGAGAGAUCCCAAGCAGUGAUAUCUUGGUGUUGUGAUGUACAGAAAUGGAGAAGAGUAUUAAACCAUAUUUAAGAAUAUA